AAAAUACAUGUCUCAAUUAACAAAUUUGUCCUUAAAAAGGACACUCACGAGUGUGUGAAUUACCAGGGAUUGCUAAGGAUUACCAGGGAUUACCAGUGAUUACCAAGUCUGUGUUCACCUGAUUACCACAGUUGGGCACAGAGGUGCCCCCUCGGUCUCAGGUAAGUCAUAGCGUUUCACUCUCUUAUCGCCAACGAAACGCCAAAGUACAGUGAAAAAGGAGUGCAAUCACAUGUAAUCUUUACCCACCAAGACCAACAAAAGUACAAGUCAAGUGGCUGGCCCAGCAGUCAGGCCGUCAGCUUCCGAGAUGCAGCACGCCUCGCCGGCCCGCGCCUCCGCGCGACAGAGCGUCGCGGUCCUCGUGAUCGCCUUAAUCAUGCCGCUCCUGCUCAAGCAGUGCGUGUCUUCGGCCGCACCUGAGGUCAAAACGACCGCGGCGAGCCACGCUCGGGAGCCGCUGCGCAUCCUCGCCCUCAUGACGAUCGACACAAUGAGCCACCACAUCUGGAUGUCGGCGCUGACGGUGGAGCUCGCGAAACGAGGCCACCUCGUCACCUCCAUCGACAUCCACAAGCACAGCGAGAACCCGCCCACCCUCAACACGACCGUCAUCGAGACGGCCUUCCAGUUCAUUGAUCAGGAGUACAUGAAGCUCUUUAUGGCAUCCACGGUGCCGGGGCAGAUAAGCAUGCUCCAGGACAUGGGGGAAAUAGAUUGCAAGCGCGACCUGGCAUCACCAACUAUGCAGCGUCUACUUGACCCGGCCUUCAAAGGUGCAUUUGACCCCAUCAUCAUCGACUACCACGCAGACUGCAUGCUAGGCUUCGUCCACCGUUUCAACUAUCCCGGCGUGCUCGCAGUAUCUGCCUUCCCCGUCGCGCCCUGGGUCGACGACCUGAUGCACAACCCGCAGGUGCCGUCGAUCCUGGCGCACACCUUGCAGCCCUUCCCGCACCCCAUGAACUUGUGGCAGCGCGCCUGGACCCUCUACCUACACGCGCACCAGAAGUUCCUGGUCUGGUGGCGGCGGCCUGUGGAGAACAGCCUCAUCAAGAGGUUCUUCGGCGACGACGCACCCUCCGUGGAACAGCUGCGACAGCACGUGCACGUGGCCCUCGUCAACGAGAACCCCGUCCUGGAGGCGCCCAGGCCCUUGCUACCGAGCCAAAUCCCCGUCGGCGGCAUGCACGUCAAACCCGCCGACCUGGGCAGGAUCCCGUCGGGCCUCCUCAAAUGGAUGGAUGACUCUAAGGACGGAUUCAUAUUUGUGUCGUUUGGAUCCGUCAUGAAAGGGAAGUCUAUUGAUCCCGUCAAAAAGCGCGCGCUGGUGAACAGCUUUGCAGCUCUGGCACCCCUCCGGGUACUGUGGAAGAUCGAACCGGACGCGGUGGCCGCGGAGCCGGUGACUGCCAACGUGAGAGUGGAGGCAUGGGCGCCACAGAACGACCUCUUCGGCCACCCCAACCUGCGCCUAUUCGUCUCGCAUUGCGGGGGCCUCAGUGUGCAAGAGGCCUCGUACCACGGCGUGCCCGUCCUCGGGACGCCCUUCGUCGUCGACCAGUUCGUCAACCUGGAGAAGGUCGUCGGAGUCGGCAUGGGCCGCCGGAUGCCGUUCAAAGACAUCACAACGGAGCGGUUCGUGGGCGAGAUAAAUGAGAUGCUUACCAACCCCAGGUACCUCAAGGCCGCGAGGCACACCCGCACGCUGAUCCACGACCAGAAGGAGACCCCCCUGGAGCGCGCCGUAUGGUGGGCCGAGUACGUCGGUAGGCACCGCGGCGCACCCCACCUCCGCUCCCCUGCUCGCGACCUGUACUGGCACCAGGUCAUGAUGCUCGACAUCGCCGCCCUGCUCGCGCUCGCCGUGCUGGCAGUGCUCCUGGUCGCCUUCUUGGUUGUAAAGUACACAGUCUACUUCGUCCGCAAGGGCAGUCAGCAACACAAGACUCCACUAAAAAGGGCAAAGAAGGACUGAUGUUAGUUGUUAGGGCUGAUAUGAAAGUAAAGACUACCACAGUCUCUAGUCAGGUCGUGAAAACAUGUUCAAUGGAGUAGAUGUUAAGGUAGACACUAAUGUUGCCGGAAAAGGGGGGCAAUGAGUGGCAUAAACAGGGAGUUAAGCGGGCUACAUUCAUGUGCACACCUGUGGUACGAGUAUGCCUACUUUUUGGAGGCAAGCGCAAGUGCAGUUUGCUCGAGUUUACGGUACACUACUGGGCUAGAAAAUGGUUGUGUGACAUACUAACAUAUUUGCCCACUUUUCUGGCUACACUGGUUUGCUUAGUGAAUUAUGUUAAAGGUCAUAAGAAAAUUUGCUUCAUACAAAUGUGAAUGUAUCAUCGUAAUAUACAAACCUCUAAACUAUUUUUGUAAAUAUAAACAAAUAAUUUUA